AGGCAUGAAUUAUAACAGAAUAUACAGCAAAGACUUUGGUAGGAGAGAGAGAAAUAAAAAGGAGCUUCCCGUAUCCUCUUUAUGAUUAUAUCCUCAACAACCUUUUCCUUUUCCUGCUUGCUUGCACCCAAAUGAUGCCGACAAUUGCAUCUUCAUGGCGCCAUCUCUCUCUAAUCCUAAUCCUAAUCCUAAUCCUCUCAUUUCUAUCCACCAAUGACGCCACUUCUCAUCAGAAAUUCAGAGAAGCCCCACAGUUCUACAACUCACCCAAUUGUCCUCCUUCUUCACUUCUCACCAACAUUAACAAUGCAAUUUGCUCCCAUAAUGCAGUACACGUGGCUAUGACCCUCGAUGCCGCCUACAUCCGGGGCUCCAUGGCCGCCAUUCUCUCCGUCCUCCAACACUCCUCCUGCCCCGAAAACAUACACUUCCACUUCGUCGCCUCCGCCACCACCAACCACCUCAACCUCACCAUUUCCAAUUCCUUCCCUUACUUGAAUUUCAUAGUUUACCACUUCGACCAUGAUGCCGUGGCCGGCCUCAUCUCUACCUCCAUCCGAGCGGCGCUCGACUGUCCUCUCAACUACGCCCGCAACUAUCUCGCCGAUCUCCUCCCAACCUGCGUCCGCAAAGUCGUCUACCUCGACUCCGACCUCGUCCUCGUCGACGACAUUGCCAAACUCGCCGCCACGCCCCUCGGCGAUUCGGCGGUCCUCGCAGCGCCGGAGUACUGCAACGCGAACUUCACGUCGUACUUUACGCCGACGUUUUGGUCGAACCCCUCUCUGUCUCUGACAUUCGCGAAUCGCAACGCUUGUUACUUCAACACGGGCGUGAUGGUUAUCGAUCUCGAGCGAUGGAGAGACGGAGACUACACGACCAAGAUCGUCGAAUGGAUGGAAUUGCAGAAGAGGAUGAGGAUCUACGAGCUGGGUUCGUUGCCGCCUUUUCUGCUGGUUUUUGGCGGGAACAUUGCUCCUGUGGAUCAUAGAUGGAACCAACACGGUCUCGGCGGUGAUAAUUUCCGGGGACUUUGCAGAGAUUUGCAUCUGGGUCCGGUCAGCCUUUUGCACUGGAGUGGGAAGGGGAAGCCGUGGGCGAGACUCGACGCAGGUCGGCCGUGUCCUUUGGAUGCUCUCUGGACACCUUAUGAUCUGUUACAAACAACAUAUGCUCUUGACUCUUGAGAUGUUUAGCAAAGAGACGAGAUAUAUAAGGCUACAGAUAGAUGAUCAUUCUCUGUUGUGUCGUUGAAUACCGUUUUCCACAUAGUAGAUGGAAGUAAAACAAACAUGGCACGGUGGUGAGUGAAAGUGGUCUGUAGAUUGCACAGUUAAUAACAGAUCGCAUAAUAUAAAGUUUCUAUUUUAGUAUUUUUUACUCUUCCCCAUGUCUAUAUCUGAGAACAGCAAAUUACAGUUACACUUACUCAACAUAAGAUAAGGUGAUCUGUUCAUAUUUCUUCA